AUGACGUCAGCUUCAAAGAGCUCCACCUCUAACGGAGCCGCAGCCGCUCCCAAACCAACAACAUCAGGCCAGCACUCAAGAAAAGCCUCGGAACCGACUUCAGCACAGACCCCUUCAUCGAGACUAACUUCGAGACCAACAUCCCGACCGGCCUCGUCAGGCACCGGCACACCUUCAAGAUGUUCCUGUGCCUGUGACAGACCCGACAGCCGGGAGGAUGAAUUGGCCAACGUCAACAACGAGUUGCCGUCGUUGGAACUCAUCCGCCAGAUUGACAACUACCAGGUCCUCGAUCAAGAUGGAAAGGCACACAGCUUCCGGAGUUUGUACACCGGGAAGCAUGUCGCGAGGCGGGUGCUGAUCAUCUUUGUUCGUCACUUCUUCUGCGGUAACUGCCAAAACUACCUCCGCACGCUCUCCGCCUCUAUCACUAGCGAAGCUCUCCUCUCUCUCCCUCUGACAACCUUCAUCUGUGUUGUCGGCUGCGGCGAUCCAUCCCUCAUCAAAAUGUAUGCCGACGCCACUGGCUGUCCCUUCCCCAUUUACACCGAUCCCUCACGCCGCCUCUACGAGGCGCUCGGAAUGGGCCGCACCCUCGCGCUGGGCGAGCGCCCCGCCUACAUGCAGCAGCAUCUGCUAGUAAGCAGCGCCGCGUCCGUUCUGCAGGGCCUGAAGCAAUUGGGCAAGGGGAAAGUCCAUAAAGGGGGUGAUGCGAAGCAGGUGGGAGGAGAGUUUCUGUUUGAGCCAAAGUCACUUGUUGAUGCGGUGAGGAAGAAUGGGAAUGUGCUGGGCGCAGUGGCAAGUCCGGUGGAAGGGUUGCCGAGGGAUGUGUUGUUUUCUCAACCGGGAGAUGAAAUGAAGAAAGGAGGAGGGGAAAGGCCUGGAUCGAGGAGGGAGGAGGCUAGUUUGGAUGGGAAGUUUGAGCCAGAUGGAGAUGGCGAGGAUAAGGUUGUUACAUGGUGCCAUCGGAUGCGGAAUACCAGGGAUCAUGCUGAGAUUCCGGAGUUGAUGGAGGUGUUGGGGCUAGAGGGGUAUGGGCAACCGAGUGAGGAUGAGGAGAGGUGGAGGAAGGCUUUGACCACGAGGAAAGGGAAGGGGAUGAGUCUUGCUGGGCAGAUGGGGCUGAUUAAAGGGUUGAGGACUGGAGAGUGGAAGGAUGAGAAUGGGCAAAGAAAGGGCCCAUCCCUUCGAGACCGUCUAAUCGUUCCUCCGAAGCAUCGGAAUCCUUCCGCCCGGCAUGAAGACAAGAAACCGCGCAAGGUCAGCAUUGCUCCCCUUUUCCAACGCAUCGAGGCCGCCUUCGAGGCAGGUCCGGCUCCUUCCACGUCCAGCUAUGCGAAGACUCGGGAUCAGAGAGGGCGGUCCCCUUCUCUGACCCCUGAUGAUCUGUUGAAGCAACUCAAGGAACACUAUUUCCAAACGGCUACAACACUCCACGAGCAAGCUCUCAUGCGGCUGGACCUCGCUCAGCAGAACCUCUCUCACAAACUCACCCAAGCCCUCAACGGAGACGAGGAAUUUCUCGUCCAUGCUGAACAGCACAUCGAGCGGCUGGCCAUUCCACUCGAUGAGUUCAUGAUACAGUCCGAAAAGAGGAGAAAAACGACUAUUCAAGACUCUGGUACUGGCACAGGGAGCAGCGACAAUGCCGAGAACGGUGACGGAGAGAGGAAUGUGGAGCUGAAGACUGUGUGUGAGUUGGUUGCUGAUGCAACGGAACAAACCAGAGCGUUUGAGAAGGAGAUGGAGGAGUUGUGGAGGGAGUGGGUAGUUGCAGAAAAGGAGGCCAGAAGGUUGAUGAGGAGGGUUGGAGAGCCAGGAGCAGGAAGUGAAGGGGGGGAACUGCUCAAGCGGUAUACUGCAGCGGUUGAGAAGGAGAUCGCUAAGGCUGAGGAAGAGGUUACUGAUCUGGGGGGGGAAGCAGUGAAGAUGAUGAAGGAGAUCGAGAAGGACUUUCGGAAGGCGACGCUGCCGGACUUGCAUCUGUUCUUUCAAUCUAUCGAGGAACUGUAG